GUCUGUUUGGGUGAGAAUCAAAUGUGCUCAGUUGUUCUCAGUUAUACUGUGAUGCUGGAUGAUUAUGAAGCUCUUUGUGCUCUGCGUUCAGAACAUGAUCCUCUCAUAACCUCACAGACGACACACAAUUCAGCUUCUGUUUAGACGUCUGGUUUAAGCUAAAGAUAAGAGCAGGGCAAGAUAAACGAAUCGUUUUAUAUCUAGAGCCGUUUAGAGUAUCGCCUGUUCAUUUGAUAUUGAAUAUGGAAAGGCUGGUUUGGAUUUAGAUGGCCAUGAGAUGAAAUGGAGACCUCAUGUCUGUUUCUCCAGUGAUCUCACAUGAGUCUCCUCUCCAGUUUCUCAACUAUAUCUCAAACUGUGCUCAGAUCUGCUGGAGCAAUUCUCUGAGUCAUGCUCUCCACAUUCAUUUUAUGACUCUCAUUUGUGUCUGUUUUAUUUAUCAUAAGGAGAAACCUCUGAGACACUUCAAUUGUGACGGAGGUGCUGAGGAUGUUUUCAAUGUCCUGAAACAUGAAAAUGCUUCUUGUGCUGUAGAUGAAGGUCUGAAUCCAGUGUUUAGACAGAUGUGUGGGUGGCAUUCGCAGAUGGCACGUGAGUUCAUGGGCACUUGAGAGGAUUUGAUAGACUAAAACAAUCACAUGACUUGGUCUUGGGAAAUGUCUCUAACCCAAAGGAUCAUACAGAUGUAGGAACAUUUACACCCGCUGGAUCAAAUAAUGAAAAACACCAAAACAAAACAUUGAAUUGUUUUAAAGAAUGAAGGAUGCAUUACUGUUACUGUAAUAAUGUGUGUGUGUGUGUGUGUGUGUGUGUGUGUGUGUGUGUGUGUGUGCGCUCCAGAUGGAUUGUGGUCCAGUUGGCAGGAAACUUUAGCCGGAGCAGAUUUACAGUGACCGGGGCUGUUGGCAGGAUACAGUAUUCCACACCUGUGCUCACCUGUGCCGCUGUCUGACCUCCUGACCUCCUGACCCCACUCACAGAUGUUUUUAAUGCUGGUGGUAAUGGAAAGAGGAAUGAUUCAUGUCGCUUCACUGUACGGAUAAGAUGCAACUCAUCUUAGAAUUACAUCUCCACAACUUCCCGCCGGCGCUUUAAGAUGUGACGUCAUCAGAGCGUCAUCAUGCGUCAUCAACAUGGCGGAUUUCAGUGAGUUUGUGAAUUUGCGGCGGCGAUUUAAUACAAUCGAACAACAACAAAAACAACAACAACAAGAAGACGAACAGAGUGUUUGUGCAGAUGAAGCUGUAGAUGUGAAGUCCUCUGCUCGUAUCAACAGUCACUCAGUCUUCUGGAUUAUCUCAUCUCUCACUAUCACCUAUUAUGUGGAUUUCUUCUCUGUCAUAUUCAACAGCGCUGAUAUUCACAGUUGGUGGUUUGCUGUAGGUGUGGUGUUGUUGGGAUUGUGUCUGAGUCUCGCAGCAUUCUGUAUCGUGUAUCUGGAGUGGUUUAAAGGCAUCAUACACUACGAGCAGGAAUAUCCUGCCAUCCCAGCUGUCACCACUGGCGCCUUCAUCGCUGCGUCCUGCAGCUUUAACAUCGCUCUGUGGCCGGUUUGGUCUUUCUUCACUCCAGUGAUUCUGUUCUCUCAGUUUAUGGGGGUGGUGAUGUUGAUUUCACUGAUGGGCUGAAACACGAGAAUCAGGACUCCUCAUGUCUCUCUUCUGAAGCAGACAGUGGACCACAGGAAGGUCAGCUGAUCUGUGACCGAACAUGUUCCUGACCCCCUGACCCCUCUCUGACCUCUGACCUUUGCUUGAGUUCAGUGCUGAAGAUGUUCUAGCCAUUCAUAAUUUCCCCGAUACUAAAUGUGUUUUGUAUGUCAGGUUGUGUUUGUCUACAUGUAAACUGAAAGAGGUCCUUAAGGUGUUAAAGAAGGUAAUCGGGGUGUUUUCUCUGAGGUCCUGUAAAAUGCUGAUUACUCAAGUGACUUUUAUAAAGUGCAGAUUGCAUUAUAUUAAUAUUAAAACACACAUUAACUAAAGAUACACUGUCAAAUCGAAUUAAUGACCUUCGUUUUUUUUUUUAAGGCAAUCGGUUUGCGUUCUUUUUCAUUCAAGUUAACGUACAUAUUUCAAGUAAAUCGAACUUAAUUAUUUAAAUACAGUUAAAUAGUUACAAUUAAACUUAAAGAGACAGUUCACCCAAAAAUGAAAAUUCUCAUCAUUUAUUCACCCUCAUGUCAUCCCAGAUGUGUGUGACUUUCUUUCUUUUGUGGAACACACAUGAAGAUUUUUAGAAGAAUAUUUCAG